CUACCCAUGAACUGACAAGACGUACUAGCAGCAGAGCCACAUCACUACUUUCACACACGUGCUAGCUAACCCGCCGCUUAUUUAUCUACUUGCUGCUGGGCGCCCGAGACCCAAUGUUUUCAUAUCCUGCUAAACUCAGCAACAACAACCCAUUUAGGAGUGCAAUUGAUCAACUACAGCUACCCCUGAACGGAAUUCAUCAUGGGCAGGAGCAGCCGCCUACGGAAUCAUUUUACGUUCGCGUCUUCUCCAUCGCCAUCACCUGAGAACACCCUCGAAACACCUUCCGAACAACAGCGAGAACUCUCCGAAUACCGACGGCAGUUCUUCGAAUACAUAGAAGAAGCACUUUCCUCCCCUUCCAACACAGAUCCGACUGCAACCCGACCCCUACCUCGAGAUCCGGCCUCAUCUCCCACGAACAACGAGAGCAGAAUUCCGGAUACGAAUUUGGACGUGGCCAGACGACGCGGAACUAGAAUUCGCCACCCCGAUCCGCACGAAAUUCGUACUAUUAUCCCACUUGGCUCCUUCCCUGGCCGGCGGCAUCUACGCCAACAAUCUUUUGUCCAGACCCAGCGACAAACGCCCGCGGGGGCUUCAAUAUUUGCCGACAACCUCUCCUCCCCUAUCCGUCCAUUUUCACCUAUAUCUCUAAUCAUCCCGACCCUAGCCCCAGCUUCAUCCACCCCACCAGCACCCACUGCUAUCCGCACACCACAAACUCCCCACCCAACACUCACACACUUCAUAAGCAAUCAUCUAACCCCCAUCAUCCCACCCCACCCCCUGUACCCUUCGCCCACCACCCUCUGCCCCAUCUGCCACGAGUCAUUCCACGCAUCUCAUCCCCCCAUCCUCGUCCGCGACGUCCCCGGUUGUCGAGACCAUGUCUUUGGCUACGCAUGUCUCAGGAAUUGGAUUCUGAGUGGAAUGCGCAAUUCGAACUCGUGUCCUCUUUGUCGGUCCGAGUGGUUUAAGGUGAGAAAGUUUGAGGUUAGGAGGAUUAGGAGGGCGGGGGUGGGGACUGGGAGAAGGGAGGAGAGGGGGGUUGCUGAGGCUGAUAGGAGUAGCGUGGAAGAGGGGGAGAGGGGGAGAGCCGCGAGGGUAGUGGGUUUGGUUAGGGAGUGGGGAGCUUGGGUUAUAGGCUUUAGUGGAAAUAGGAAUGAGACAGGCAGAGGGGAAGAGGCCAGGGGUGUUAGGUGGGAUGGCGGGCUCCAGGGCAACGAUAGCGGCGGCGAUAGUGAAGAGGAAGAGGAAGAGGAAGAAGAUGAAGAUGAGGGGGUGGAUGACGAAAAUUACGACUGGGGUGAUGGCCAUGAGGGAGAUGAAGAUCCGAUGUAUGCUCAUCCGAGCGUGUAUCAGCGAGGAUAGAUCCUAGAAUGGAGGCUAAAUUCUAGAGAGGGAUACAAGUAGAUUGGGUGGGGUAUUAUAUUCGGCUCCAACUCCGUUGGGGAUGGGAGUUAAACUGUUUACAGCAUAUUGUUGCAUAUGAUGGAACAUGACUGAGGUGGAGUAUAUAUGUUAAACCUCGUGCUGUAGGUCAAGGAGUUGCUAAGAUUAUGCUGAGUUUUGGACCUAGGUCUGGUCCUUGGUUUGUUCCGUCAUAAGUGCUGGCACUGCAGUACAUAUAUCUGCAUUGCGAGCUUAGUCGGAGGGGGUUGAACGAGAUUCAUGGGUGUGGUUCUUCG